ACCGGCUUAGCUCUGCCUCUGUCGGUGCUCUGUCUGCGGCACUGUGCAGCCUCCUGACCGCUGUGGAGCUGCCUCUCCCCGGCUUCUGUCAUCCGCUCUCCUCUCAUCACUGAUCAUGUGCUUCUCUCCACGGCGAACAGGGGCUGCGCUGCGCCAGGAAGUUAGCUUUGAGCGACCAGCUUUCAAGGCUCCCAUCUCCUCCUGACAGCUUCCCUCAUCUUGACAGCCAUUUUCUGGUUCUUUUUUUGCACCUCUACCUCCUCCCAGACGUCGGUGGAGAAUUGUCACACACCACAGCGGCACAGGCCUGGCUCUGUCCGCGCGUCACCUAAUCAUGGAGGAGUCGGUAGGCUCGGUUCUGGAGCAGGAGUCGUCGGUGAUGGAUGAACCGCUGCCUCUGCCCACCCUGAGCCCCGCAGUACACCCUUACGUUACUCUAGGCCUCACCGUGGUCUAUACCGUAUUCUACUCACUCUUAUUCGUCUUCAUCUACGUGCAAUUAUGGUUGGUGCUCAAAUAUAGACAUAAACGACUGAGUUACCAAACGGUGUUCCUGUUCCUAUGCCUGCUGUGGUCGGCCUUACGCACGGUCCUCUUCUCGUUUUACUUCAAAAACUUUGUAACUGCGAACACUCUGGGGCCCUUUCCCUUCUGGUUGCUCUAUUGCUUUCCAGUGUGCUUGCAGUUCUUCACACUUAGCCUCAUGAACCUAUAUUUUGCAAAGGUUGUUUUCAAGGCAAAGUCAAAGUAUUCACCAGAGCUUUUGAGAUACAGGUUGCCUCUGUACCUGGUGUUCCUGUUGAUCAGCCUGGUGUUUUUAGUGGUGAAUCUGGUGUGUGCACUGCUCGUGAGGAUGUCCUCCGCUGACACACACACCGUGGUCCUGGUCCGAGUCGCCAUCAACGACUCGCUGUUUGUGCUCUGUGCGAUCUCGCUCGCCGUGUGUCUCUACAAGAUCGCCAAAAUGUCACUGGCCAAUAUCUACUUGGAAUCCAAGGGAACCUCAGUGUGCCAGGUGACGGCAAUAGGAGCGAUUGUCAUCCUCUUGUACGCGUCCAGAGCCUGCUAUAAUCUGGUUGUUUUAGGACUUUCGAACAAGAAAAUCAACUCCUUUGACUAUGACUGGUACAACGUAUCAGAUCAGGCAGAUUUACAGUCCACACUGGGAGACACUGGCUACAUCGUCUUUGGGGUGAUCCUGUUCGUUUGGGAGCUGCUGCCCACUUCUCUCGUAGUGUUCUUCUUCAGAGUUCGAAAACCCACUCUAGACCGGAGUGGCACUGGGCUCCCGAGUCAUGUAUUUUCCACUCGCUCUUACUUCUUUGACAACCCUCGACGUUACGACAGCGAUGACGACUUGGCCUGGAGUGUCAUGCCUCAGAAUAUACAGGCCAGCCUGGUGUCUGACAAUUAUGAGUGGGGGAGCCAGAGCAGUGGAAUCGCAGCAUACAUCGGAGGAGAGGACUCGUAUCACCUCCCUCCUUCACUGGAGGAGCUCAGCCAUUACUGAUAAAACCACUGAAUACGGUUUUAUUAAGUGAAUUUGCACAAUUCUCUUCCUGAUUCGUUCAGACUGAGGCACAUGGGCACAGCUUGCCCCAAACCUGUUACAUUCAGAACAUUGUUCGGUACCACUUUAACUACACUUUAAUUAGUCUCAAAAAGCAUAAACAAAGAUUUAAGCGAUAAUGAAUUAAAUAAUGUAUUAAGAAUAGAGUUGUCACAAUACUAAAAGUCUUGAUACUUAAUACCAUUUUCAAUGCUAUAAUGAUAAAAACAAAACAAAAAAAAAAAAACUUAGACAACAGAAUGUACUUUUCAGCACAAACUCAUAGUGCUUUUGUGAAGUUACCAUGUUUUUCAAUACUAGAGAAGAUCAAAUUUACUGUAAAACUGCUCUAGAAUCGUCAAAUACUUCAGCACUUCAGUCUCUCAGUAUUGAUACUUGUUAAAUUGAGUAUCAGUUUUCGUUACUGAUUUUAGUAUCGAUUAGGUUUUCGAUAUUUUUGACAACCCUAAUUAAGAAAGAUUCAUGAUAGUAGUUACUAAGCCUGAAUCAUUCUUAAUAAACAAUUUGUUAUAUGUCUUUGCUUGUACUUUAUUAGGGCUAUUAAAAGUGUAGUUAUUUUUAAGUGUUACCCUUGUUUAUAUAGGACUUUCUUUGCCAGUAUAAAAGGUCCAUUAAUAGGACGUUAAUUUGCACACUCCUUAUUGACUAUAUAAUGUAAUUUUGCUCUUAAACUUGUCAUUGUAUAGUUCAUAUUGAAUAUCUACUGUAUUUGACCUAUGAAAUAUGUACUGUAUCAUUACUAUUUUAUGUAUUGUUAAUGUACAUGUGUCUUUCAUACAAUGUGUUUAUAUUAUAUAGAGAGCUAGGCACAUUACAAUAAGAAAUUUUACAAUCAGCACCACCGUUGUCGCUAAUACACUGAUUUUAGACAAAUAACGUCUAAUUUUUAAGAUUUUGAACUUUGAAUUUAUUUCAUUUCACUCUUGUCAUUAUAAACUUCUGUAUUGUAUGGAUAGCUGUGUAGCGAUAGGUGCAAUAGUUAAUAGAACUGAUCAACUGAACUGACAUUGUGCACUGCUAAAAUAUUGUUAAAAUAUUUUUCUUACAUUGAAUAAAUAAAUAUAUAUUUGGUUGAAACU